AACUGGCCCAGCUUGGCCCACCUGCACCUCGCCCCUUAUCCCCGCCGCAGCUUUUGACCGCUAUCUCUUUCCUCCUUUCUUCUCCGUCAAUCGUUGGUUUGCGUCAACAGCAGGAGCUGAAUCCAAGCAAUCUCUUGCUUGCGAUACUUAAAUAUAAACACAAGGCUCCGACGCCGCGGGGAAGGAGGAGCAGCAAGCAAGCAACAAGGGAGAGCCGUCAACUCAAGAGGAUCGACAAGAACAAGAAGAUGGGCGGCACACUGCAGCAGCAGCUGCUGCUCUUCUUCUUCCUAUCUGCUGUCGCCCCGCAGGUAGUCAGAGCAGUAAAACCAAUCCCAAAUUCCAAUCUCGGGGUUGAGGAGGGAGACAAUUCCAUAGGAAUCAUCCAGAAGGACAUCAUACAGACGGUCAACAAGCAUCCUGAUGCUGGGUGGACGGCUGCACACAAUCCUUACUUUGCAAACUAUACUAUUGCACAAUUUAAGCAUAUCCUUGGAGUGAAGCCCACACCACGGGAUGCGCUGACUGAUGUUCCUGCCAAAACUUAUUCUAGAUCACUGAAACUUCCAAAGGAGUUCGACGCCAGAUCUAAGUGGUCUCAUUGUAGCACAAUUGGGAACAUACUUGAUCAAGGUCAUUGUGGCUCCUGUUGGGCAUUUGGUGCUGUAGAGUGCCUCCAGGAUCGGUUUUGCAUUCAUAUGAACGUGAACAUUUCACUGUCAGUUAAUGACCUACUGGCAUGCUGCGGUUUUAUGUGCGGUGAUGGUUGUGAUGGAGGCUAUCCUAUCAUGGCAUGGCGCUACUUUGUUCAAAAUGGUGUUGUCACUGACGAGUGCGAUCCAUAUUUUGAUCAGGUCGGUUGCAAUCAUCCUGGAUGCGAACCUGCUUAUCCUACACCAGUGUGUGAAAAGAAAUGCAAGGUGCGGAACCAAGUUUGGGAGGAAAAGAAGCAUUUCAGUGUCAAUGCGUACAGAAUAAAAUCUGAUCCACAUGACAUAAUGUCAGAGGUCUACAUAAAUGGCCCUGUAGAAGUUGCUUUCACUGUUUAUGAGGACUUCGCCCACUACAAAUCUGGAGUAUACAAGCACAUUACCGGUGGCAUGAUGGGUGGCCAUGCCGUCAAGUUGAUUGGAUGGGGAACCAGUGACGCCGGAGAAGAUUACUGGCUUCUUGCAAAUCAGUGGAACAGAGGCUGGGGUGAUGACGGGUACUUCAAGAUCAUUCGAGGCAGAAACGAAUGUGGCAUCGAAGAGGACGUUGUUGCUGGAAUGCCAUCGGGAAAGAAUAUGGUUGGAAACUACGGCGGCUCCUUUGGAACAGCUGUAAUUUGAUUUGGUUGCUGCCCUAAUCUGAAGUAUCAUCGGAUACAAUAGCUAUGCAUUUUUAUAGCUGAUGAAAUUGGAGUAUUGUGUACAUGAGCACGUUGGCAAGGCUGGCAGGUUGCUGAGAUGGCAACUCCUGUUCUGAAUCGAAGUGAUCAAUUGAUAUGUAGCACAUACUGGAUAAGAAGCCUGUGUAAUUGAUCGACAGACAGACAUAAUAAGAAGCCUGCUGAAUAA